AUGAAGAGAUUUCGUCUGCAGCUACUUAAGGGAGGCAAGUUUUUCACUGGCUACAACAGACGUGUUAGCGCUCAAGUGUCAACGGCCUUCGCUGUUGCUGGAUACCGAUUUGGUCACAGUUUGGUUCAAGAAAUGUUUAAUCGAUUCGAUCAAGAUCUCUUUGAGCACCAAUGCAGCAAAUGUGACGGCAAAGGCAAAUCAGAGUUCUUGCCUAUCGCAGUAUUGGAUUUUAAUAAUCCAGAAUACUUGUACGAUUCGUGUAAAGGAGGUGUAGACACCAUUAUAAGGGGCUUAGUUAAAGAUCCUGCAGGGAAAGCUGACGGGUAAGUAAAAUGCUACAGGUGUAUGCAAAAAUAUCAUCAAUUCUUUUUAUUUUGUUGUAUUUUUUAUUUAUUUAUUUCACCAAAUAUAAGUAUAUUACAGUAGAAAUAGUAAAAGAAAACAAGUACUCAUCGGUGUCAAAAUUCUGGGCUAAGAAUUACAAUCGAGUGGUUAAUUAGAAAUUAGAUUACAAAUUCACUAGAUCGGCCUACAUAUCAUCUUAUGACAACAAUAAAAACUCAUGCUACUGUAUAUUGUGAUAUAUAGAUUUAGCCAGGGCUUAAAGCGAAGCCUCCGUUUAUAUACUUAUAGCAAAAGCAAUAAAAUUUGAACUAACAAGCUCUAAGCCACUAAUAAAUCCCUACUUAACUUAGCAGAAAUUUACUUGUUACGAUUUCUUGGGGUCAGGACGACUUUUGUGCCUGGUGAGCUUAUGUGUUUUCUUAUCAGGCCGGGGCGAACAGUUAUGUCCUUUGAGCCUUUACAUUUAUAUCUCAUUAUCUGAUAGAAACUUUUACCGUAAGGUAUUUAUUUUCUUUGAGGGCAGACAUAGGAAAGCAAAUAAAAGCCUUUUUCGCUACCAAUAACUAAUUCUUUAAACUAGUGCACAAACUGUGCGGUAGGGUGUUCAGUUGUUGUGGAGUCCAUUCACUGAGAAACGUGCGAUAGACUUAAUAGACUACAAAUUAAAAACGUUACAACAAUUUAAAAAUGUUUUUCAAAAGCCAGACUCAGGUUCGAAAAGCCGACAAGUCUGUCGUUAGGAGAAAGGAGAACUGUUUCAUAUUUUGGACACUUUUUCAGCGAGGAUAAAAAGAGUAAACAAAAGCAUCAAACUUCAUUCAAGCGGUAUUCAUUCAUGGGAAAAGAGUAGCGCAAUGCAAAAUUCUUAAAUGGCAAGUAAUGAAUCGAAGAAGAAAAUGAAUAACAAUUUAAUUGAACAUGUACUGAACAACAACACUUCAGUUUCAUUCAAGAAAAGCGAGUAGUCCAACUCAACUGUUUCUAAAAAUCUCACGAUCCGCCAUCUCAAGAUCGUGUUUUGAGCCAAUGUUAUGAAUGAACAAUAGACAAAUAUUCAAUAUUUAUUGAAAAAGCCGUAAGUUAAUCAGCUUAAGGUAAACUCAUCCAACCAUUUUGUUGAAAAUGUAUGUACUUCGCUAAGGUGUCAAAUCCGUUUCUUCCCCUACCACCUAAACACCACCAAACAUAUGCUCACUAGAGAGAUAGCUUAUGAAGUGUUAUUCCUUGAAAAAAUAAUCAGAAAGUGUCGAUGUUUUUAAAAAACAUAGUCGUUGAGAUAUAUAACCCUUCUUCAGUGUAAGGAAAACCGUCGACUCUGAUUGGUCAAUCAUUUCUUAAGUUUUUUGAAACAAUAGGGGAUAAAACUAUCUAGGAAAGAGGGGCGGAAUUCGUGUCUACUUAGACCAACCCUGAUAGAACUUAAGGACGUACGUAAGUACGCAAGGUGACGUCAUAACCCAAUUUUCUGGCGACGAUGGGCUCCCAAUUUCUUUUAGCCAUUGAAGUUCCGCUAUAAAUAUUACAGACAUUAGGAUAACUAAAACUUGUUUACAAUAGAAGUGAAAGGAAAUUCUUUUAGUUUGAUGUGGUGUCGGUAAUGAGAUUUGAAAAGUGGCGAAGAUUUACCAAAGAAACAACUGAAAUAUGUUAGGGGAAGAUUGUCUUAAAGUAAUGAAUGCAUGAAGGCCGUCCUUAGUAAAAAUAAGAAUAGCAAAGACUAGGUAUGGGUCGAAUUAUUUUGCUUGUCUCUAAGAAAUGAUUUCAUAAAACGUCUCCUGUAGGAAAGCUAGCUAGUUCCCUCAGUAAAAAUUUUAAUUUUUUUUAAGUGCGAUCAAGUGAAGCGGUUAUUUUAACAUUCUCCAUUGUCACCGAGAUCAUAAUGCACCUUGUUGUCUUGGAUUUCUCUUGGCACAACUGUAAUACUCAAGAGAAAUUGACGACAAUGGUUAUGUAGAAUUUCUGGGGUGGAGGUAAACAAGGUACCCUAAGGUUUCGGUGAAGAUGGUCAAUGUGUGCGAGAAUUAGUGGAUAUAAUCUUUUCCUUAAUUAACUUCAUAUAUUGAUGGUCUUUUUUGGUUUGUUUGUUCGUUUUGUUUUGUUUUGUUUUCUUCUUUCAUUCAGGAAGUUCUCAAGUUCUGUACAAGGAAACCUGAGUCGGGGUGAAGGUGAUCUUUCUGACUUAGUGGCUAUCAACAUCAGAAGAGCACAUGACCGUGGAUUGCCUGGCUACACCCGCUUUCGCAACCUUCCAAGAUGCCGAUUGCGAAAAGUUAGAACGUUCGAAGACUUGGUAACAGUUGCCUCCUUUGACCCAACGGACGUGGAAAAAUUGAAAGAAGUUUACGAAGAUGUUCGAGAUAUCGACCUGUUUGUUGGAGGUGAGUUUCGAUUCUCAGCUGUAGUAAUACAUGUCGUAAUCGGUUUUAGCUUUUAA